AUGAUGACAAUAGAUCGUAGCCGAUUGACUUGUAAUGAAACUCAAGAAGUAAAUGAAUGUCAAAAUGUAUUAGUCGUUUCGUUAUGCAUGCGUGCCAAGUAUGUCUGGGUCUGGAUCUGGAAACUCAAACUUGUGAUGCUGCUUCGUGGAUGAGUGAGGCACUUCCAAGUGCACCGAGGCAACCCAUUUUUUCUCUUUAUUUGUCUGUAUUUCAGUCGGACUAUAUCUUUAUUUCGCAAAGCUGCGCAUGACAAACAAGCACAGCCACCGUAUUGAUUUAUUGUUGGCCAUGCAAGAGAGAUGUUCCAAGAAUGCAAGACAUGCCGUGCAAGUUCCACUUCUGCAGACCCAGGCAUAUUUGCAAUGGAUAAACGCGGGGAACGCGAGCGAAAAACCCAGAAAGAGAAGGUCGCAAAAGGCAAUGGCGAUCUGCAGGAAUUUUUCAGAGCAACUUUUCACUCGAGUUUAUUACUAUCUUAACUAAUGGAAGCAGGAAGAGGAACUCGAACGUCAGCGUUCGCAGACUUGAGCUUGUAGCAAAUGACCCAAAAUUAGAACUAGCAAAUGACCCAAAAUUAGAAUCUUACUGUAAUGAAGAUGUAGAUGGAAGUAAAUGAUUUAGUCUUGACAGGAGAUGAGGACAGCAAAUAGGUUCAGACAGAAACAAUCCUUUUCUGAAGAUUCGCAAACAGAGGACAAUAUUGCAAAAUGAAAAGCAAUAAACCCUUGACGGUACACUUAAAACACGUUAGGAAGCAAGGUGCAGAAGUUGUGCCCAGAAAAGACACUGCUGCAAACAGGUACAAGCAAAGAACUUACGACUACAGAGCUGCCAAUUCUCACGAGUUUUACAUCUCAAAGCCAGCCACGUUUCGAUUUCACGUGCCCUUGAAGUGGUUCUGCCUCUGUGCGACUCUGGCGUCAAAGCUCACCUUGAGAAGCCAUGGCGCUUCUUGUCAGUAUAACCCAGGUCAUAUGAACAAGGUACAACCCAGAUAAUAUGAAGCCACAACAGAUAUGAGGGUACAGAUGAGAAAAAAAUGAACUGCACCCCCCAGAAGCGCAAAUAAGGUGGAAGCGAAAA